UACACAGAGUAUGACCUAAUUCAGUUUUUGUUAAAUGUUGAGCUGAGCAAUUUGGGUUGCCAUUGUAACCUAAUGUGCCAACUGCAUAGAUAAAAAUCUUACAAAGUUUAACUCAAGUGCUUUUCAAACUUGGCAAUUCUAAGAAGUAUGGACUUCAAUUCCCAGAAUUCCCCAGCCAGCAUUAGGGGUUGAAGUCCACACAUUUUAAAAGUUGUCAAGUUUGAAAAACGCGGAGUUGAACGCUAAUUUACACUUCAUAUGAAUUUCCAGAGAGGUAGUCUGGUGUAAAAAGGCAAGCGGGAUGGGUCCUGGUUAGAACGUGGAUGAGAAAGCAAGAAAUACUAUGAAAGUGGCAGGUCUUUAAAAAUUGAAGAAAAAAAAAUCCCAAAAGACAGCAGUGGAAAACUAUUUUCAUAUUUGCCAAGAUGGUUCUGAUUUUUUUGUAUAGCUCACAUCGGUUAUCUCUAAACUACAGUACAUUUUUGAUUGUUUGUGUUUGCUUUAUAAUUUUUUUUUCUCUUUAUGUUUUAAUUCAAAGUAUCCCAGAGCCACAAACAUGGAGUGCACAGCUGUAUAAAAUGAAUAAAUAACUCAUUAAGUCAUGAGUAGCAGAGCUGACUUGACUUGACUUUUAGCUGAAUUACUUGUUUGGAAAAGCCACCAAGAAUAUUGUAGCAUUUCAAAGAUUAAUACUAAUUAUUAUUAUUAAUACUAAUUAUUAAUAUUAAUGGACUAUAGACUACACUAUUAAAUGCCUUGACAGCCAGUAAAUAGACAGCCAUUGUUGAAAAUGGAUUGAACAAGGACAGAAUUACCUAAGAAAUUACCAUUAACAAAUCUGGUCACUUUUUAGAAUUCCCUGUAUUUAUGACUCUCUCCAAUAAUUGCCUAUUUCAAGACAAUGUUCCUUCAAACUAAAGACAUUGAGUCUGAUUCAAGAAAGUUUGUUAGUUCAAGAGUUACAAAACCUGUUCCAGUUGUCUUCCUUAUUCCUCCAAAUAGAUGAGAGAAAUGCUAAUUACACUUUGUCUUUAAAAAAAUGUAAGUGUGUUGUGUAAGUAUAUAGUAGGUAUUUGGACUUUGAAGAAGCGAGGUAGGUAUUUAUUGAAAAGUAUUGAUGCUUUUGAAUUUUGGUGUUGGAGAAGAUUCCUGAGAACACGUGGACAGCCAAGAAAACAAAUCAAUAGAUCACUGAAUAAAUCAACCCCAAGUUCUCACAUGAGGCACAAGUGACCAGGUUCAAAUUAUCCUAUUUUGGAUAUAUUAUGCAGAUAUCCAACUCACUAGAAAAGAUUCUAAUGCUAGGAAAGGAGGAAAGAAAGGACAACUAGCAGCCAGCUGGAUGGAUGGAAUUACAGUGAUGUCAAAUGCAUCAGGGAGGAAGUGAUUUCAAAUGCAUUCUGAGAGGAAGACCAGGUUAGGGGCAAAUCGUCAUGGAGAAAGUCCAUCUGUGUAGUCACUAAGAAUAAAAAAUGACUUGAUGGUACAUUAACAGUCAAUAUAUAUGCUGUCCAGGAACAGUUUGAGAUAGUUAGAACCGAUAAAUAAAUGUGUACAUGUACAGGUGUUCAUGCUUCAGAUACAAUUGCUUUUUAAUACGAGUGUAAAAUCUGUUUGUGGCAAUGGCAAUGCAAAGAGACAAGCCAUUUUGAAAAGAUUAAAAAGGAGAGUGACAUAAGCAAAAACCUUGAGGUUUUUGCCAAGCAGCUGUGCAGCUGUUACCAAUGGGAAAGGAAAACGGUGGUCAGAAAGAACUUCAGUUGAGUUUUGUCACUUACAAACACACAUUUUCAGAAGCAUCCUUGUUCCUUGAAAUGAUGCUAUGGGCUUUCCAAAUGAACUUGGCCUGGAGGCCAUUUGGGCAUCUCUUGGUCAUUGCAGUUCUCCAGCUUCUGAUAUGUGAGUAAAAUUUUCAGAACUUCUUUGGAAAAAAAGGGGGGGAACCAUUGGAAAAACAUAGGUGAAUUUCAUAAAUAAGGCAAUGGUCUUGGAAGACCUGUAAAAAUUAAGGGAAUGAAGAAAAGUGAUAGUAUGAGAGGGAAAGGAACUAUAUUUUUAUGGAAAAAAAGAUAAAUCCCAGGGAACCUCCAAAACAAUAACAAUCUUAAUAAUGCACUAUUAUUUCCCUAGGAGAAAAUAGUCUUCUAAACUAAUUUUGUGCAUGCAUCUUUAUAAUAAACCAUUUCUUUGGAUAACAGGUCACCAUUCCUUAGGUCUAUUUUCAACUCUGACACCACCACUCUAUCUGGAAAUAAAUGGUGAAAGAAAGACCCUGUUUGUAUGUUUGGUGAAUGAUUUAUCAGAGAACUCACUGGGAGUCAUUUGGUUUUCCAAUGGAAAUGGGAGUAUGUUGGACUCUUAUACUUAUGGCAUUUUGAAGGAAGAGGAUGGCUCUUUCAGCACAAUCGCACAAAUUUCCAUACCCAGCAAAGAAUUUGAAUCAUGGAAUAUUGUCAUUUGCUCGGUUGCACAAAAUAAAAACUCAAGAAUAUGGAACACUACCUAUCUACAAAUCUCUGAGGAGCAACAUAUGGAUGAUCUGUGUCUGUCUGAAAGUCAAGGAGUAGUAGAGGAACAGAUGUUGUCUACUGAAAUUCUGCAUAAUCGCACACAAGAAUUACAUAUUCUGGCCAUCAGAACUUUGCUCUUCAAGAUCCUAAUGUUUAAUGUACUGAUGACCUGCUGCAUCCUUUACAAAAGAUAAGCAAAACUGUAGUGCAUUAUUACUAUAAGAUCAAUUUUUUUUUAAAUGAAAAGAACUGCCAAUGCUAUUUUUAAAAUGUAUGAAAUGCUUCAAGGAAUCUGGAUCAGACUGCCUCAAACAGCGAUGAACUGAAAUUGGACAUCUGUUUAUCAGAUAUCCUACGAAUGUAGCACAAGGUCGAUUACAGCACGCUUGAGAUCACUUCCAAUUCUAUCAUUUUGUGAUGUCCAUUCAGAAUUCCAUGAUCAUAACAAAGUAUACAGAUAUUAACUCCCAUGUUCCAGAAACUGGAUGAAGAAGGCAAACUUUGACAAAACUUUUAAUCAGUGGGAACUCUGCAUUUGAUGGCCUCAAGACACAUCGGACUGAUUCCAUGUUGCUGCUUAAUCAUUAAUACAAUGUAAGAAUUUAAAAUGUGCUGCCUUAUUCAUUUAUUAAACCAUUUAUGAUUCAUUAAAGCAUCAUCAUCAUUUUUUUCAAGCUUGUGUGGAAGUUUGAAAAAAGAUGAGCAUGCAUUAAAGCAGUGUUUCUCAAUCUCAGCAAGUCUAAGAUGUACGGAUUUCAACUCCCAGAAUUUCCCAGCUAGCAUCCCCCUCCAUUCAGUGGGUUCCCUUAGUCCUCUGGGGCGGAGAUGGCUGCUUUGUUCAUUGAUGCUUUUUCCUCUCAAUAAAGGCUUUGAUAUCCUUGCUUGAGGUGUUUUUCUUUUCAUGAGCCAUUUUGCAGGGAGCAUCCUAAG